AUGGGUGGAAGAAUUAAGUUAACUGACACAAUGAACAAUAAGAAAAUUUGCCCAUUCAAUGUGGUGCAGGACCCAGCUGACGUUAACCUCGGUGGCCAGUUCAUGUUCACUCUUAUUGGUAAGCAAAAGUAUCUCCUCACCUCACGCAAUCUUGCCAUUGAUUCGGGGUAUCCCAAGGGUGCUUGUGAGGGGUCGACAUUUUGGACGAUCCCAGAUGCUGAAGCAAAGCCACCUUCUAAUCUGAUUACAACUGGUGGUGGUUUCGAGGAGGCAGUUACAUGCUUUCGUAUUCAGGAGUAUCCUAAGCCAACAAGUCCGAAGGUGCACAGCUACAUGCUUCAACACUGUCCCUCGUUUUGUGGUGCAGGUCCUGGAACAUGCUUUAACGUAAGCAUUUACUUAGACAAGGGGGUCAGGCGUCUUGCUGCCACUGGUGAUACUCCUUUUGAGUUUGUGUUUCAUAAGCUUUCCAAGUAA